GACGUCACGGCAUGAUGGGAAACGCGGAAGAGCGGAAAGGCCGCGGUUUCAACUGGUGACAUUUCUUUAGACGUUUUAAACUCGUUUUGAAACCACAUAUUCACCGAACUGACUUUGAAUAAAGUCGGUUCAACGCUAAAACGCUCCCUAAAUGUUUUGGGUAGAAGCUGUGCUGUAAUCGGUUUGCAAGGAGUUUAUAACCAUCAUCAUGAGUAAUUUUGGGGACGAUAGCGAUUCUGAAGUGGAUCGGAUCGUGAUGGACCGGCCGCCCAGCAGUUACGGCUCCAUGCAUAGUGACGAUCAUGAAGAAGAAAUUGAUGACUUUGAUGUAUCUCCGCUCAAACAAACAACACGCGUCAGGCUUAAUCGCCCAGAUUCACCGGAGACCGCGAUUACUGAACGUACAAACACAAACCAGUCCAGCAUAUACAAAGAUGGACUGUUCCUGAGACAGCCCAUCAUGCACACAGGAGAAUCUCCUGCAAUACACAGCAUUAACAGAGAGCCCUCGAUCAUGGAGCCGUCUGAGCUGCAGAGCGACAUAAGAACAGAAGCAGCGAUGGAUGAAGAGCUGAAUGACCGAGACACGGAGAUGAAUGAGAGAGGCGUGCAGGAGCAGCAGAAUGAAAGCGCUGCAAUGGAGGUGCAGGUGGAGCAGGCAGAGGCAACGACAGAAGAGGACGAUUUUGAUGAAAUUGUUGUACAAUAUGAAGAACCGACAGAUCCUCCUCCUACUCCUCCGGAAGGCUUCGGUCUGCAGUUUAGACACAAACACAGCUCCCUCACACUACGCCAUGUGUUAACGCAAAUGGUGAGGUGUCUUUCCCAGCUCCAUCCAGGAGAGAUCGCCUAUUUUAAGCGCUGUCUGAGCACUCACUACAGAUUCAGGAAGAACUACUCGACAAUUGCGGAUCUUAAUGACCCACUGGAUGUGAUCGAUAAAAUGAUCGAGGUCUGCGGGCUGGGAGAAACUCUGCAUCUCACCAUACGCUCCCUCCAAAACGUCGGGAAGGGCAGUCUGGACGGAUUCCUAAGGAAGACCUGUAGAAGAGCUGUGUUUCUGCAUGACCUGAAAUUAGCUUUCAACCGGCGUUAUUACAAUCUCUACGAAGGCCGAUGUCGUCCAGGUCAGCAGCGCUACAUCAGCGACGUCUACGUCGAACCCGUGACAGUCAUCAGAGGCAGCAGGGAGCCCAUCAACCAAGAGAAUGAGGUCAAACGGAUACCAUAUACGAUCGAGGAGACCCGAAUCAGGGCCGCCGACAUCUUUCGGCCCCUUCCUCACGAACAGAAACCCAUCCGUACGGUCAUGAUGACGGGAAUUCCCGCCUGCGGUCUAACAGUGGCUAUUAAUAAGUUCAUCAUUGAUUGGAUGGAGGAAAAAAACAAUCAGGAUUUUCAAUUCGUGUUUCCGUUGCCGGCGAAGGAGUUGCAUCUCGGGAAAGAUGGAAAUCAGAGCUUGCUAGAGCUGCUCAGCAGUUUUUUCGCAGAAGCCGACGACAUUAAGUUCAUCGAGAAGCCCGAUUGCUUAAGUCUCUUCGUUAUUAACGCUCUUGAGUGUUGCCAACAAAACCUGGACUUCAAAAACAACGAAAUUAUCACAAGUGCCAGGACGAAAGCGCCGUUAGACACUCUUCUCACCAGCUUAAUAAAAGGCACGUUGCUUCCGAACGCCCGGGUUUGGAUCACCAGCCACGUCACUGCCACCCACCGAGUUCCUCCGCAUCUAAUCGACAGAUAUGUAGAGUUAAGAGGAUUCACGGAUGAGAAGAAGGAAGAGUACUUCACCAAGAGAACCACCGACCCUGAGCUCGGGAGGAAGGUUUAUAACCACAUGAAGCGCUCCAAAGCCCUUGAGAUCAUCUGCCACAUUCCUCUCUUCAGCUGGAUGGUGGCGUUCAUCUUCGAACGAGGGUUUCGAGAUCCCGAGUACGGCAAACACCCACCUGGCAUCACGGCGUUUUAUUCGCAGUACAUCAUCGUGCAGAUGAACCGCUCGUUCGAGAAGUACCGCGGCUGCAGCGUCGAGGCCCAGAAUUGGAAGGAUGAAGAUAAGAUGUUUAUUGAGAUGAUGGGGAAAAUGUCAUAUCGGAUGCUUCUAGAUGGACGGGACUGGUUUAAGGUGGAGGAUCUGACCUCUGUUAACCUGACAUAUGAAGAUUUGAGGACUCGGGAUGAAUUAACCACCGAGGUCAAACGAAGAAACGAAGACUUGCGCACGUGGGUCUUCAAGUUUGUUCACUUUACUAUUCAGGAAUACAUGGCCGCGAUGUAUGUGUACGUGGCGUUUAGAAAACACGGGAAAAAUGUGAUCGAACCAAGCAGAAUGUCUUGGUUUCAGGGCGCGAACAAGGAUCGGCCUAUGAUCGAGCUCUUCCGUCCUGCGGUCGACCGCGCGCUGGCGUCUCCGACCGGUCAUCUGGACAUGUUCCUGCGGUUCCUGAUCGGAUUGGUGACUCCAGGAACUGAGGAUAACCUGCGCGGAUACCUGCUCAAUCACUACCACCCCAAACCAAAGGCACCGAGGAUGUGGUCAAAUACAUCAACAAAAAAAUGAGAGAAAACCUUCAUCCAGACAGGAGAAGAAAUCUAGAGUUGUGUCUGGUGGAGCUUGAGGAAGGCAAAGAGGGAAGAUGAGAAGAAACCAAGCAAAGCAGUGUUCAAUCUAUUCGGUGGGACUGUGGAACACUAAACUAAACGCAGCGUCCCGCAGGAGCGACUCCUUUAAAGAGAUGGUUCACCCUGUCAUUAUUUACACUAGGGUUGUCACGAUACCAUAAACACAUACUAUACCAGCUGAAGUAUCAGGAUGCCAAGUAGUAUCCCCAUACCAUGCUAACUGAGAGAUAUAUGCAUAUUAUAUAAGGCUGGUUUCACACCGCAUGUAUAAGCAGCGCAUAUUUUUUAACAGAGUAGAACAAUUAAAGCCAUAAUGCAUUGUUCAUGUUCAAAAUAGACACGAGUAAACUCGAAAAAAUAACAAAUUUCACCAUAAAAUCAAAUAAGUGAGCUGUUUGAAUUUCAGUAUUUUGGAGCCUUAGUAUUGUGAUACUCUCAUAGUGCAACCCUAAUUUACACUACUGGUCAAAAGUUUGGAUUAAAUAUGAUUUUUAAUGCUUUUGAAAAGUCUCUUCUGCUCACCUCAAAUAAAAAAAAACAUAUUAUUGUUUCAAUUUAAAAUAGCUGUUUUCUAUUUGAAUAUAUUUUCAGAUGUAAUUUAUUGCUGUGAUCAAAGCUGAAUUUUCAGCAUCAUUCCUCCAGAGGCACGUGAUCCUUCAGAAAUCAUUCUUAAAUGCUGAUUUGCCACUCGUUAAACAUUUCCGGAGUGUUUCCCAAAAGCAUCGUUAGCGAACCGUGAUCGCAAGUUCCGUUGAACUCUAUUGGUAACGUCAGAACUUGCGACCGUAGUUGCUUUUGGGAAACGCACCCCUGAUUAUCAUCAGUGUUGAAAACAGUCGUGCUGCCAAAUGUUUCUGUGAAAACUGUAAUAAACUGCCGUUCAUGAAAGAAAUGAACACUUUUAUUCAACAAGAACAAAAGUGAGAGUGAAGACGCUCGUUUCCAUUCAAAAUGAUCAUUUUCUAAAAAUAUUUUGCAGUAAAAAAAAAUGUGAACAUUGACACUAACAUUAACACAACUGAUAAUAACAGCAGCAGAUCAGCAUAUUAGAAUGAUUUAAAAAGUUAUUUUGAAUUGUAAUAAUAUUUCACAGUAUUAUUGCUUUUACUGUAUUCUUCAUCAAAUAAAUGGAGCCUUGGUGAGCAGAAGACACUUUAAAAACAUCAUAAAAUCUGAAUUUAUUCCAAACUUUCGACCGGUAGUGUACAUCAUUGACAUCUUCAGUCACCACUGCUGCUUUGAUUGAUUCAUUUUUGUUUUUAUGAGAUAAAAAUCCAUUGAUGUGUAAAUUAUAAAUUGGGUGAGCUGUUCCUUUAGCACUUUUUGUUGCUGUGAGCCGAGAACAUCGGUUUGCUCGUUUGAGUCAGUAUGAUGAUGUGUUUGCUUCAGGCUUUGUUCAGCUGAAGAGAAUGAGAAUAGGCAAGUAUAGCACUAAUAGAUAAUAUCAUUAAAGUGUGCACAAUUCUUUCAAGCGGCGGAAGAACUGGAAGUGCACUUCAUUAACAAUCACAGGUUUCCAGAAUUUAAAAAAAAUAAUAAGCAUUCAGAGAGUAAGCAGUAACAUGAAUAGCCAGACUAUAAUCUUGACAGAGCAGCACGUUAUGAUGUUUUUAUUCAUUUUUCUGUGCAGAUGUGAGCAGACAUUGUUUUCCAGGUAAUCACAGAAUAUUGAUUUUUUUUUUUUUUUUUGCUUGUGGCAUUUGCUUCGGAUUUACUCUUCAGUAAGAAAUCACCUAGUUACUCAUUCACACAUUUGAAUUAAUGUUCAAUUUGGUCCUGUCUGCUCAUAUACACUGACAGUUGAUGGAUUUAAGGAGAAAUAGUGUUUAAUUAGCCAUUUCUUUUAUUGUUAGGGAAAGAGGAGUGUUGGUUACAAAACUGAAGGGUUGCUGAUUUAUGCAUAAUCUUCACCACUGUGUCCUUAAAAAAACAUUUACAAUAAAACAUGUCUUUUAUAGUG